AUGGUUGCGACACCCAGAAGAGGAGCACACGAAGGCGUGCACCUGGAAAAAUGGGCUGCCUGCGAGUACGGGACUAAUGGCAUCGAAGCGACUGCGCUGGAUACGUGCCCAGCUCCACCUCAAAAAUCAAACGACUUAGUAGCAAUGGACCCCCAAUCCAGCUCCGACCGCGCUUCUGCAUUAUCCGCAAGGGUAGGGCUCGCGCCUCUGAAUUUCGCGGGGAAUGGUUACGACUCCGCGCCCCGACGCGACCAUUUUGCUCCCUACCCCGAUCCUGGGAAAUCCUCUUUGCAACAAAACAUAUCGUCCGCCGUGCCGCAGAAACGCAGCUCGCCCACUCAAGGCUUCCCCAUUCAUAAUGUCGACGGCACAUGGGCGCGGCUUCCGGCUGCGAAGCGUCUAAACGCUAGUUUCACCAGCAGUCGCUUACCGGUCUCACAACAGUAUGACCUUGUCAGCUCUGUGGUGAAUUUCGGCCACGGCGACUUUCAGGAUAGCGACUUCCAUCCAUCCUCGUGCGCCAGGGGCCAGGACCCUGUGGUGCAACACCACCCAGCGGAAGAAGCACCGCAGCCUCGUGGCGCUAUCGCGGGUCCACCACCGCGCUGGUCCUCGACAAGCGGCAUUCCAGCUCCCCGCGGGCCCCCUGCCCCGCUCCACCCCUACCGGCUGCGGCACUCGGCAGGCAUGCGGCCCACCCCCGGCAUGUCGACAACCUCCGACGCGCCUUGCCCCACUACGAGCCUACCCCACGUACCCUCCGCUACUGCUGCCAGCCUGCAUGCCGGGAACAGAAUGAGCGUCGGUAGCCAUCAGCCCUUCGCACAGCCUUCGCUGCCAAUUUCGGACUAUUAUGAGCCCUCGCCACCACAGCCGCCGCAGCCGCCACUGGCGGCGGCGCCACUGAUGCCGUGGGCGGCAGCUAGCCACACGGCUGCCGGUCGGCACGGCUCCUUCACAACGUCAAAAACCAUGCCGCCAUCCGCAGGGCGUGCCGUACAACAACAACCUAGCUCUUCACCUAACGCUACCUGUCAGCCUGCAGUUGCUACUGCCCCUGCCGCUCCAGCAGCAGCAACAGCAGUUGCUGCUACAGCCGCCGAAGAUCUGGGCGCUGAUCCCGCAUCCUGCUUGUCUCGGAUGGCCCAGUCCCCUUCUAAGGGCGGUCCUGACCUUUUAGAGAAAAUGCGGAUAGCGGAGGACCUGUUGACGCGUAGAGACAAGCUCACUCCGGAAAUGGUGCAAAUGGUUAUUAAGCAGCUGGCCGCGCUUUGCCAGUCGGUAUCGGUGGAGGACCUGGUGGCGCGGAUGGCGCCGCCGGCGGCGGCGACAGCCGCGGCGGAUAGGAGUGGGAGUCCUAGGAAUAGUGGCAUCUGCAUCGCGCAAGAAGGCUUGAAAAAGGAGACCGCCGCCGCCACCAGCCCCACGAUGACGACGCCAGGGGGCGCUAUGGCGGCGGCGGAGGUCGGGCCGUUAGGGCCGCCGGCAGCGGUGCACCCCUGGAGUGCUGCUGCAGCUGCUACUGCCGCCGGAGACGCAGUAGUCGCCGCUACCGCCGCCCGCGCCGUCGCGACGGAGAGGGUUGCGGCUACCGGCCCCGUGCCACAUCAGCAUAGAACUGGUAAGCCGCGUCAUUGCGAUCAUCAGGCUGUAGCGGCGGAUUUCCGAUCCGCCGCCACCACGACCGCCGCCGCCGCCACCGCUGCCGUCGCCUCGCCUGUUGUCGUGACGGUGGAGGACGGGUUUGAGAACGGCGGUAGCACUAGCAGCAGCAGCAGCAGCAGCCGAACUGCGACACACGGCACCAGACAACAGGCUGCAGGGAGUACAGCAACGCCGACGACGGUAAGCAAACUUGCGGGGCCGCCAGUACGGCAGGACGGCGGACCCUCAGGUUCCGCUGUGGCCGCGUCGGAGGUGGAGGCAUCAGCAUCGGCUCCGGGAGCAUCGGAUCAGCAAGCUGCCGCUGCCGCUACCGCCGCUACCGCUGCCGGUCGAGGCCCCAAUGUGCGUGUUAGCGGACCUUGCGCCGCUACAGCCGCCGCCGCCGCCGCCAGAGCCGUAAUCCCCUUCAACCAGGCGUUGCUGCAUGUUCCCUCGUCCUGCCUCGACAAUAUUCCCCAGACGUGUUCGAGCGCUGACCCGCUCCCCCUGCCGCCGUCGCGGCCCCUGCCGGCGGCGGGACAAUACGGCGCCGGUGCGCGUGUGCUGUACGACGCUGCAAUGGGGCUGCGCGUAGCGACUGCUUCUGCUGCCGCUACCGCCACCGCCGCCGCCACCACCGCUACCGUGCCAGCUGGAUCCCGGCCAGCGGCAGCCAUUGCAGCGGCGGCGACGCCGCCGCAGCCGCAGCCCCAGGACGGGCUCUCCCAGCACUACCCUCAGCACUGGGGGCCGGCCGUGAUGGAUUUGUCGUCGAGGCCGCCGAGCGACACGACGGCGGUGCUGAUAGCGGCAUUAGCAGAACGAGCUCGAUCUAUGGCCGCCGCACGACGCUGCGCCGUAACAGAGGUGGAUGCGGAAGGAAGGUUAGGCGGCGCAAUAGUGGCCGCCAUGGCUGCACAGCAGCAGCAGCAGCAGCAGCAGGCUGGCAAGGCGUCGGUCCACAACAGGAACGGUGGAGGCCGUAGCACCGGCAGCGCGGCACCUCCACAGCCUCAAUCGGAGCUCAUACAUCGCUGGCAGCAGCAGCUGGCGUCACCGCCGGUGCCGCCGUACAUCCCAAUCGUUAGCCUCGGCAUGCACCCAGGAGGCAUCCAGGCUGCGAAUGAGGCAGCUGUGAAGCGUGCUUUUGCAGCAGCAGCGGCGGCGGCGGCAGCAGCAGCAGCAAAAGCUACCGGUGCUCAUGCUGGUGCCGCUGACCCAGCCUCCACUAACUCGCGAAUGCCGCCGCCGCAGCCAACGCUGCUCACGCCCGCCACGUUAGCAGACCGGCCGCACCGUUCCAUGCCUGCCAUGACAAUGGGCCCGCUGACAUGGCAUGAUGUCCGAGAUGGCGAAGCACCCGCGGCAGCCGCGGCGGCGGCAGCGGCGGCAGCGGCGGCGGCGGCCGGACCCCGAUGGCUCCCGUCUGUGACGACCGCGGCGGCGGCGGCGGCGGCAUCGGCCAGUUCUUCAAGGGGAAGCCUUUCCGGCGGCGGCGUCACCGGCUUCGACGACGCAUCGCGUCGCGGCAGCGGCGGUGGUAGCGGCGGUAGCGGUAGCGGUAGCGGCGGUAGCGGUCAGUCGGCAUCCCCAGAUGUGUACGUCACGAUCAGGCUAGCAGAUACCGCACUGAGGCCAGUCGGCGGGUCGGCGACGACGACGACGGCGACGGCGACGGCGACGGCGGCGGCGGCGAGUGGCAAGGUGAUUGCGGCGCAGCACACGACGCCGACAGCGUACGGCACGAAGUAG